AUGGCUAUUUCUGCUAAAAUCAGCUUCACCGUGAGGAGUAUUUUGGAUUUGCCUGAGCAUGACGCCGACACGGUACCUCAGCGCUCUCCAAUGCUCUCCUGCUCCGGAGGCAGCUACUCGUCCUGGCUGGAAAGCGACAGGGGCCACUGCCUGUCCUCUGACGAAAGUAGCCCGGAGACAUUACCGGAUUCCACCAAGAAAUCGGAGCCUUCCUCAGAAUGCGAGGCAGAGGAGAAGAGGAAGAAACGUCGCGUGCUGUUUUCCAAGGCCCAGACCUUCGAGCUCGAGAGACGCUUCAGGCAGCAGCGCUACCUGUCAGCGCCGGAGCGCGAGCACCUCGCCCAUCUCCUCAGCCUCACCCCAACGCAGGUGAAGAUCUGGUUCCAGAACCACAGGUACAAGAUGAAGAGAGCUCGGUCGGAGGGACCCCAGGACGCCAAUCACCCCACCGUGGUGCGUCGAGUCGUGGUACCCAUCCUGGUUCGAGACGGCAAGCCGUAUACCUGCAUUAUCGACCCAGACAAAACCGGCUGUAGCAUCCCGUUGGUAGCGUCCGCUGCAUCUUUCAACAGCCACGGGUACCAGUCUUUUCAGCAAUCGCCACUUGCGCUGUUUCCCAGAUACCAGCACUUAACAGCCCCAGUGGCCUCAAGACACCACUGGGCUUGGUGAAACAGACUUUGUGAACAUUUGCGUGUUGUACGCACACUACGGACUAUUAAAAAACUAUUCACAACGAAGAU